UGCAACAUCAUCGCGACACGAGCCGAGAAACGACACGGAGCGGAGAUGAGCAUACACACAUACAUACACCGCUUAUAUUUCGAACUGCAGUCGGUGGAGAUAAAAGAUGCGGGAGAAGUCGUUGCCUUCACAAGCAGAAGCCAUGCGUAAUAAGUGCGACCGCCGCCGGUGAGGAGGAUGCUGGAGCAUGAGACAGGAGCAGACAUGCGACUGGUCCGUCAGAUCAGCACAGGUAUGAAGAUCCAGGCCACGGGGGAACAUAUGGGCUGCAGCAAGGUCGGAGAAAACACAGAGAACCAGGUCAUCUGUGUACAGUGUCAGGAGGAGGUGGUGCGGGUUUGUCCGGGAAGUCCGCGCAGUCCUCGCUGCGCCAUCGCGACGCGCCUCUCCUCCGGAUCUGCAGACCGUGAGCCCAGCAGCAGCAGCUACAAUGCCUCUUCAGGAACCUUCUACAGCUGUGUCAGUCAGAUCACCAUUGGGUUUGACCUCGGGGGUCAAGUGGCCAUCGGCUUCUCCCAUUGGAAGAGUCCUUUCCCAGCGAGCGGCCACAACCUCCCGAGUCCGGACUGCGUUCACUCGGAGGCCUCCGCCGUCCCGUCCAUUAGCAAGCAUCUGGAGCCGGUGUCCUGCCCAGCGUCGCUGUCAAUCACCCCGCUGCCCACCAACAGCGCCAGUCAGGAGACCCUCUGUGACAGCAGCACCAGUGUGAGUUUAUCUCUACAUGAGUCUGAGCCCCGGAAGAGGAGCCACCGCCGACGCAGGGUCCCGCUGCAGCCUCUGGCCUCAGGCUACCAGGCUGCGGACAGACCUCUGGCCUUCCCCUUCUGUGGGGGGGCAGACAUCAUGGAGGAAUCCUCGUCUAAAGCCACGGACUCCAGCACUCAAAUUGAUGAGCCUCCCCUUGCUGUGAAGAAUGUUAAUGUGCUUCUUGAGAGAAAAAGGUCAGAGGGCAUCAGCAGCCCGUCCAGAGACGACGACUCCACCCUGCUCAACCCGGACACCAACAGCAGCAUCCUGGACAACAACACCAAGUCGGACUCGUGCCUCCCAGAGGUCAGUGGGGGGAGGAGUAAGUCCAGCUGCCUUUGCUUCAGCGAUGGAAAGAGUCGCAUUGACUACAUCCUGGUUUACAGGAAGUCUAGCUCGCAGUCAGAGAAGAGGGAGAUAUUUGAGCGGAACAUCCGUGCAGAGGGCUUACACAUGGAAAAGGAGGCCUCUUUGACAAACAGUGAUGUGAUUUUUCUGAAGCUUCAUGCACCGUGGGAUGUCCUCUGUCACUACGCAGAGCUCAUGAACAUCCGUAUGCCUUUUAGGAGAAAAAUCUUUUUCAUGCACCGACGGCCCAAGUUCAUGAGCAGGAUGGAAAAGCGCAUCAACAAAUUUCGUGGCUGGCUUCCUCGAAAGCCCAUGAAGUUUGACAACAACACUUUACCCGACCUAGAGGAAAACGAGAGCUUCACUGCCCCCUUCAGUCGAUCAAGGAUACAUCAUUUCAUCAUCCACAACAAAGACACCUUUUUCAACAACGCCACAAGAAGUCGCAUCGCCCAUCACAUCCUUCAGCGGGUCAAAUAUGAGGAGGGUAAAAAUAAGAUGGGGCUUAAUCGUCUGUUGAGCAAUAGUUCAUAUGAGGCAGCUUUCCCUCUUCACGAGGGGAGCUACCACAGCAAAAACUCCAUCAGAACACACGGAGCAGAGAACCAUCGGCACCUGCUGUACGAAUGCUGGGCCUGGUGGGGCGUGUGGUACAAAUACCAACCACUGGACCUCAUCAGGAGGUAUUUUGGUGAGAAGAUUGGUCUGUACUUCGCCUGGCUGGGCUGGUACACAGGGAUGCUGUUUCCUGCAGCUCUGGUCGGCCUUUUUGUAUUCCUGUACGGCGUUUUCACUCUAGAGCACUGCCAGGUCAGUAAGGAAAUCUGCCAGGCCACAGACAUCAUCAUGUGCCCUAUCUGCGACCAGUACUGCCCCUACCUGAGGCUGUCAGACAGCUGCAUCUAUGCCAAGGUCACCCAUCUGUUUGACAAUGGUGCAACAGUCUUCUUUGCUGUAUUCAUGGCUGUAUGGGCUACGGUCUUCUUAGAGUUCUGGAAAAGGCGCAGAGCUGUCCUUGCAUAUGACUGGGACCUUAUUGACUGGGAGGAAGAGGAGGACGAAAUACGCCCUCAGUUUGAGGCCAAAUACUCCAAGAAGGAGAGGAUGAACCCUAUAUCUGGAAAGCCUGAACCGUACCAAGCUUUCACUGACAAAUAUAGCCGACUUAUCGUUUCGGCAUCUGGGAUCUUCUUCAUGAUACUGGUGGUGAUUGCCGCUGUGUUUGGCAUUGUAAUUUACCGAGUGAUCACCGUGAGCACCUUUGCCGCCUUCGGCUGGGCUCUCAUAAGGAACAACUCUCAGGUGGCGACCACGGGAACGGCAGUGUGCAUCAACUUCUGCAUGAUAAUGCUCCUCAACGUGCUCUAUGAAAAAGUUGCUCUUCUUCUCACUAAUUUAGAACAGCCAAGGACAGAGUCUGAGUGGGAGAACAGCUUCACUCUCAAGAUGUUCCUUUUCCAGUUCGUCAACCUCAACAGUUCAACUUUCUACAUUGCCUUCUUCUUGGGAAGAUUUACUGGCAGGCCUGGAGCAUAUCUACGCCUCAUCAACCGCUGGAAACUGGAAGAAUGCCAUCCAAGUGGCUGUCUCAUCGACCUCUGUAUGCAAAUGGGGAUCAUCAUGGUGCUGAAACAGACCUGGAACAAUUUCAUGGAGCUCGGCUACCCGCUGAUUCAGAACUGGUGGACACGGCGGAGGCUGAGGAGAGAGCAUGGGAAGAAUGCCAAGGCCAGCUUUCCACAGUGGGAGAAGGAUUACAACCUACAGCCAAUGAAUGAAUAUGGACUCUUUGAUGAAUAUCUAGAAAUGAUUCUACAGUUUGGUUUCACCACCAUCUUUGUGGCAGCUUUUCCUCUGGCCCCUCUCUUAGCGCUGAUCAACAAUGUUAUCGAGAUCCGUUUGGACGCCUACAAGUUUGUAACACAGUGGCGGCGCCCUCUGCCCUCACAAGCCAAAGACAUUGGAAUCUGGUAUGGCAUUCUGGAGGGCAUUGGCAUCUUGUCUGUCAUCACCAAUGCCUUUGUCAUCGCUGUUACCUCAGACUUCAUCCCUCGCCUUGUUUAUGCCUACAAGUACGGACCGUGUGCUGGUCAGGGUCGAGCAGGGGAGGGGUGUAUGAUGGGUUACGUUAACGCCAGUCUCUCAAUAUUCCGGGUGUCUGACUUCGAGGGGAAAUCACAGUCCAUGACUAAUGGCUCCGAACUGUUUGGAGAAGCUGUGAAGUAUUGCAGGUAUCGGGACUACAGAGAGCUUCCGGACUACGCUGAGCCGUACGCAUACACUCUGCAGUUCUGGCACGUCCUGGCUGCCCGCCUAGCAUUCAUCAUUGUAUUUGAGCAUAUGGUGUUUUCCAUCAAGACGCUGAUUGCAUACCUGAUCCCUGACCUCCCCAAAGACCUGCGGGACAGAAUGCGUCGAGAGAAAUACUUGAUCCAGGAGAUGAUGUAUGAGGCCGAGUUGGAGAGACUCCAGAAGGAGAAAAACGACAAGAAGAAGAAGAAAGAACAGGCCCAUCACAAGGAAUGGCCCUGAACGCAACAACUGGUUAUCAGCUGGUGUUUGAUAUUCACUGCACAGUGGAGAAAGGGGAGGAGCGCUGGGUUUCCUGCAUGAUAAUGGACCCUCAUUCCUUCCUCAAGCCAUGUCAGACCAGCACCUCCAAGAGGACAGUAGAUGAACUGCAUCGAGCGGGCCUUGUGGCUUCAAACAUAACGGAUGUCCUCUUUUUGCUACUUUUUUUUUGUCCGUGUGUUUUUACCACGUUGGACCAUCUAUGCUACAGCGUAUGUCUUCAGAUCCUGAAUGUAGAUUCCAAGCAAGACUAAACUGUUUCUUGAUUUAAACAAGAGAACAAACUCUUCCCAGCUUACUGAAUGACAAACCCUGUUUACAUUUCUCCUUGUUUGAGGAGUUCACAUAUUGCUUUAUUGUAAAUAAAGAUAUUUAAAUGUCAGGCCAUCUGCUCUGCUAGUGCAAUAAAAAACUGAGAAUGCAAUUUCUGAAGAAAUUGCGGUGUUAUUGCUGGCUACUGACAAUAAAUGAGUCUGUACUCGCCUCGGUAGCUAAAGUGUGUUGAUUGAAAGCUGAAGAUGUAUUUGCCUCAUGUGUAUUAGGGAGCUGAGUAGCAUUGCUUAAUAAAGAGCUUGAAGCUGAACUGCA